AUGGCCUCGAUAUCGGCCCCAUCGUCCUCGGACGACGUGCUGAAACAGCUGCAGCGCAUCCGUGCCAAUCUCGCCUCGGCUGACGUUGCCGCCCCGCCGCAACACCGCUCGGUCGUCGCGCCCGCCUCGCCCUCGAAACACCGCCCCUCGCCCUCGAUAAUAUCGGCAGAGGCAAAGCGGGGCGCGAAGCUGCUGCAGCAACAGAGGCAGGAUGCCCUCCAGUACGCCACCGCCAGAGCACAGGCGCUCACCGCCGCCGCAGCAGCCAGGUCCUCUCCAGGCGACACCUCAGCUUUCUCCAACAUGGACCACGCCGCGCGCGGCUCCAGCUCAGGCGGCCCUUCUUCCUACCUGACCAUCGCAGAACGCACUGCUGCCGCACAGCGCAGGCGACAAGAAGCUGCCGCACAAGAGGAGCGUGCCAGGCAGAUGCGCGAUGCCGCCGCCGCACGCGCCUCGAUGAGAUCCGCCGGUUUCAACGAGUCGCCUCAGCCCCGGCAAGGGCCGGCCGCAGGCUCAUCUGGCUGCGACAUCCUCGAUGCGGCGGCACAGCAACAGCAGGGCCCUCAGCGCGACGAGCGCCUAGCCCUGGUCGAAUCCCUCGAGCCCGGCCCACCGCAGCUCCCGCCCAGGCGGCAGGAGGACGACUACGACAAGCUCGAACCCUACUCUGGCACCCGUCUCAGCUCCCGCCGCAUCUCGCACGACGACGUCACCGACUACCUGCAGGGGCGCUACUACAUCCCACCUUCGAUGAUUUACUCGGUGGCCAGGCCCACCUACAAGGACGUGGACCCUACAGAGUCCAGGCGGGCGGGGUACGGCAAGGACAGCGGGCGCGACGGCGACUACGAGAUCCCGGUCGACGGCGAUUGGCUGACGAUCGCCGUCAUCGCCGAAAAGGGACCCCUUCUCCAUACGAAAUCAAUGUUCGGGAGCGACGAUGAAGGCAGCGACGAGGAGGGCGGGAGAGGUCCCGGCGCAAACAAGGGCGGCAAGGGGCCGCUGGCCUUCCGCGAGGUGGCGAGGGGUGCCGACGGCAAGCUGCGCCUCGAGCUCGACGAGGGCGACGAGCGCAUGACUGCCUCGGAGCGCGCCAAGCUCAGGCGAGCCAUGCGACGGAACGACGCCGAAGACGAGCUCGAGAGGGAGCGCAAGAGGAUGGCGGGCCGCUCGCGGCUGUUCAACAUCAUGCAGCUCGUCGACCUCGGCACCAGCGGUCAGAAGGCGGCGUCGGGCGACCGCCAGCUCAAGCUCAUGAGCUUCGAAGCCGACGAGGUCGACGAAAACAUGCGACCCCUCAACUCGGAGCGCGCCGACAUCCAGCGCCACCUCGACGCGAUGCGGCGCGACAAGCGAAGGUUCGUCAACGGAAGCAGAGGCGCAUUCGAACUGCUGCACAAGCAGACGCCGGGCACGCUAGUCGCCAUCCUCAACCCCAGAAUCACACAGCCGAGGUACAAGAAGGACAAGAUCCUCACGCUCAAGCCGCGCUCGGCCGAGGACAUCCUCAUCAUUGGACAGACGCGCGACCUGACGACGUGCUGCACAAAAAAGCGCGACGGCUCCCGCUGUGGCAACUAUGUCGAUGUCCGGCUGCGCAGACAGGGAACGACCGGGAAGAAAGCGGCCGAAGAUAUGGUCUGCGACUACCACCUCACCCAGUCGAUUGGCGGUAUGCAAAGGGGGCGCAUGGAGUUUGCCAACUCAACCAACGGUCUAGGCUCCUUGCCGCCCGGGGCGCGGAGUCAGCGAGGCAGCAGCGGUGGCGGGGGCGGCGGUCUCGGCGAUGGGAAAGCUGGAGGUUGGGGCAAGAGGGGCGGCGGCGCGGGUGGCUCCCAACCGUAUCAAACCAGGACGUUUCAGCCGCGCCACGGCAACAUGGAUGAAGGGCUGUCGUCCAACGCCGGCAGGACGUUCACCGUCGAGGCCAGCCAGCCCGUUGCCGAGGGCAAGCCGACGGACCCGGAGAGUUGGCGGUUCGACAUUGGCGACAAGCUCGGGCGCGGUCGGAGCGAAAAGGAGGCGAGGCUGCGCAAGCAGAUGGAAAAGGACGAGCUCGAGCGGCGCAUGCGCGCACGGUUUGGCGACGCCGUCAUGCCCAACUCGCACCCAGGGGUUGCCAUGAGAAAGAGGGUGAUCGAGGUCGACGACGGGGACGAAGACGGCGGCGAUGACGACGAUGACGAUGACGACGACGAUGAACAGGUCCUGCCUGGCUCGCCGAGUCAGGAUCGUUCGCAAUCGCAGUCGAGACGACCAAGGAAGCGCGAUGGGCUGGAAGCCGCGGCGGCCAAGCUGAUAGAUCCACAGGGCUCGGCGGCCAAGCUGCUCGAAGAGGCCAAGAGGACGAUUGAGGAGCGCAAGAGGAAGGCCGAAGAGACAAAAGCAAAGGCGCUCGAGAAGCGGCGCAAGAUCCUCGGCAUCAAGUCGACGGCCGCUGCGCCCGCCGACAAGGGCAGGAGCAAGAGCAGAUCGGCCUUGGAUCCACUGACGAACGGGGCUGGACGGGACUCGCGUUCGGCGCUGCUGGACCGUAUCAAGAAGCCGUCGUGCCUGCCCCGACCUCCGACGGGGGCACAGCUCAAACUCAAGAAGCAGCACCGCCCGAGGUACAAGACCUUCGACGAGGGCGACGGCAAGGGCCAUACGCACGGAGCACGCAGCGGCAGCGGCGGCCGGGGCGAGGGGGACAGUGGAGCGCCUUUGGAACUGUUGCAGGGCAUCGACUUUGACUCGGACGGAGAGAGUGAUGCGCUCGACUUGGACUUCCCUACCGUCAAGCGGCGCGGAUCGGCACUCGGCAGCGGGCCGUCAGCCAAUGCCGGCAACGACCAAAGCGACGACGAGGAGGAUCUCGAGAUAUUUUAG